AUGCCUAGAAAACGUAUUAAUCGUUCGCCGCCUGUUGAAAAGAAAGAUGAUGUGGACGACGACGAUUUUCUUUUCGACGAUUCUCAAUCUAGUUCUGGAAGAAGUGGACACGAGCCGCAACACAGGAACGCCGCUAAUGCUCGGGAGCGGGCACGCAUGAGAGUGCUUUCCAAAGCUUUUUGCAGACUGAAAACUACUUUACCAUGGGUACCGGCGGAUACAAAAUUGUCAAAACUAGAUACAUUACGGCUGGCCGCGUCGUAUAUAGCACAUCUACGCGCACUACUGCACGAGCCAAGAUCUGCACACACGCCUCCGCAUCCACUUAAUUUGGCUUGGCCAUUUACUUUUCAACAUGGUGGCACAUUAAGCUGCACGAUUUCACAAAGAUGGGAUAUAAAUUCUCAAAACCAGGACGAUUCAGUGAAUCGAAAUUUAUCUUCGAGGGAAAUUCAAAAUGGCGUCAAUUGUAAUGAUAGUUACCGGCAAGAUUAUUCUGAAAACGAUUAUGAAGAACGAAGUUACGAAGAUCGAAGUUACGAAGAUAACAACGAAUUACCCUGUAAUUCGAUGCAAUAUUGCAAUUAUGAAUACAAAGAACAUUUUUACGAAAUGAGAAAUUCGUACCCAUCCGAGGGUUUGAUGAACAAUGUGUGAUAUUAUUAUGAGUUUUAAGUAAUUAUUUAUGUAUGAAACGUUUUGUACUUUGCGUAAAGUAAUAACUUAAUAAAAAUUCUAUUGCUUCUUGUC